AUGACGAGAGAGGAAGUCUCCAAGGUUAUCAAGGAGCUCCAGCAAGCUUGUCGGCGCUCCGUCUACAAUGCCAAUUUUCCCGCGGAGAAGAAUGGUGCCAACCAACCAACAUCAUCGGCCUUCCGAUUCAAACGUCAGCGUGUCGAAAGGAUCUCUGAUAAAACGAACCACCGAAUAGAUGACGACUGCGAUGAUAGGGCCAUGAGAACAUGGGAGACUAUACUCACAGAAGCUGCUUCUUUGCUGCCCUACAUGACCACGAGGGAACAUGGCCGAGUGUCUAAACUUGCAUCAAUACUCUUGUUGGGAUUUUUCUUGCCACAUUCCACAGGAAAUGAAUUCUUUUUGUUACAAAACCAAUCUUCUCUUACCACCUUUAAUAAUAAUCAAAAAGAAGGUUCGCAUCAAACCCACCAACAGCAGCAUCAGACUGCAGGUGCAAAAACAUCGGAACAACCACAUCCGAAUCUAGUGGUGUCGAAUCCUUCUCAGCCUCAACAGCAAGAAGACCAAAAAGAUGCUGCUAAAGCGAUUCAAAGCGCUGUUAUUGAUCGAAUGACCCUAUCGGAACGGUUGCAACGGUCAUCGCAUGUAUACAAUGCCCAUGAAUGCGGAGAGUUGCAUUCCAUUUGCCACGAUCCCAUGGAACUGAUAUUGGAUUCCUUUCUGAAACAUGCCUUGGUCCCCUUUCUAAAGAACCGACCCGCUCACACACAACAAGUUGAUCUGCUUCAUAUCUUGGCCAUGGCUAUUCACCCUCAUCCUACGGAACAGUCAGUCAAAGAUGUCGUACUGGAAAUAGAAGAUGAUGAGGAAAAAGACGAAGAGGAGGAAGAGGAGGAAAACGGCAAGGAAGCGGAUUCCGCCCCCACUCCCCAACAAAAGCGCGACAUUGAGACCAAAAAGAAGAAGCAAAAGAUAUGGGAGUGCACCCAACUGCUCAUGACCAAUAUUGCAGCCAGCAGUUUUCAGUUGCAAUACCGACAUCGAUUGCUGUUGGUCCAAAUUGUCACGGACUGCCUUGUGGUGCCAUCGAUUCACUCUUCCACUCGGAGAAAGGCAGUUGGUGGGAAUCAUCUGAAUGCUGCAUCUGCUCUCUUUGAUGGUGCCAUUCCUCAUUUGCGAGCCUCCCUGUAUGCCUUUGGGCUGGCGGCCAUGAGUCCCUACGAUGCUCAUUGGGCUCAGUGCGGACUCGUUGCAGUAUCGGUCCAGACUCGCAAGUUGGCCAUGCUUACGGAAGAAUGGAACCGCUUAUUACAUCGAUUGGUCGAAGACAAGACGAACUACAUGUUAGACCACCACGGCAAGGAUGAUGGUGACCAACCUCUCGGGGAUAAUAUUGACUUCCGCAGCGCUACCUCCUUUUCUUUCAUGUUUGACUGCUUGGGAAGCUGGAAUGACCCAAAUGCACAUACAAUUACUGGGCAUCCAAAAUUCUGCCCGCAUCAAGCCAGAGGUCAUUUGUUGGAACGUUUUUUGAGCUGGUACUGCCAAUCACGGAAACAUGCGGAACAAGAAUUCUUGCAACAUGCGUUGGGAUCCUUGACGGAAGCAAUCGAGUGGUUGCUGGAGUGUUGGACACAAGAUGAUGAUGACGAGGAGGACGACGACGACGACGAAAAAAUGGAAGAUGCCAAGGUAAAGGGAUCAGAGGAAGACAAAAUAGAGGACACAAAAGAAGAAAGUAGAGCCACAGAAGCGAAACAAACUACAAAUGAUCCGCCUAGAGUCUUGGCGUCGCUCUUGUUGACAGCGACAUCUAUCUUUUACUAUUUACUCCCUUUCACGGAUGCCGAUAAGAAGGGUGGUGAGGGAGGCGAAGAAGCUGAGGAAUCGGGUGAAAGUGAGCCGCGAGACAUGCUUGUCACUUGUGGAAUUCAACUGAUUCAUCAUCCAGACCCGGCAGUCGCUAGAGAGGCUUCGAAUCUUCUGGUGUUAGCAUUUGCAUAUGGUCCAGAAGAAAUGUCGGAUGACUAUGCUGGGGCAAUUUUUGAGAGCACCAGGAUGGCUUUGGAUUUGGUAUUCAGUGCAACGGACUCUUCCAAGUUUCAUGUUCCGAUUGAGGGAUUCAUUUCAACCUUUGCAAACAAAUCGGCAAGCUAUGCUGACGCAAUGCUAUUACUUCUAUUAUCUAGUGAACAGCAGGACACUUGGAAAAUAGAUGGGGAAAGAAGGAAGCUAAUGGCACUUUAUCGAUUGGUCCCAUUGAUUGCUACCGCAAGCCCGAACGCUGCGACUCGUCACUUGGAAAAACUGUUGGAGCUAUUGGAUACACAACAACCCGGAGAUUCAGUGGCACUGCACAUUGCAGCUGCGGUGAUGGCCUGCCGCAAUGCCCAACUCUUUGACUUACCAGGCGACGACACAGAGAAGAAAGUCGUCGAAUCUUUUGGAAAUGAUUUGGCGGUUAGAUGGGGUCACUACCUCCUCGCACGGCAUGCGAUGGUGACUGGGAAUUUUGGGAUUGCAAAGACACUAUACCGACGGUUGUGUUUGUGUCAAAUAUCGGAACAAAGCUUCGUGUGGUUUUCGGUGUUGGAGAAGAUUGCAUCAUCGGAAUCGCUGUUGGCGAACAAUGGUGCGAAGGGCAUCCCCCAUUCGACGGCGGAACUCCGGUCAGCACUGUCGCUGUUAUAUGAAGCACCAUCGUUGCUCGAUUCAAAGAGCAACACCUUUGCAUUCCAAACGUCCUUCAUCAGCCUAAGGCUUGAAUUCCUCGACAUGCUUGUCACAAUACGGCAGCUGGCAUGUGAAAUGCGACUCACGAAUAUCGGCCCCAAAAAGAACACUCGUGCCAAUCUGCACCUUCGGAACUGCAUGCGCCAUUUCGACAGCCUAGCGGUAAAGUACUUGACUCUUUACAGACAGUACGGACUAUUCGUGGAUCAGCAGUCGCGGAGUUCCAUCCGCACCUUUCAUGCCCUCAGUCGCUUUCUUGCUGAUGCAGUGAGACAAGCCUUUUCGAAAGUGGUACCGGAAGCAGCUGAAGCUGCCGAAAGCCAGAAACGGAUGGCCAACAAGGGUGCAGAGUCCCAUCCUCUGACCCUCCUGAUGGUAAAAUUGGAUGAUGCAGUUGUGAAAGAGAUAACUCCAUCUGUCGACGCCAAGGUCCGGGCCGCUGCAGUGAUUGGAAUUAUUGAUCACCUACUUCGAGCCCCAUGCCCAUUUCCAAGAGAUUUCUUUUGCACCAAGUCUAUUCCUCGUUCGUCUGUGUGCUUAUCAGGCGACCCCGAUUCGGAUCACACUGACUCGGACUAUCUUUUUGACGAGGAACUCGAGGUACCUUUAGGUUCAUUGGUUACUUUCAAUGUCAGCGGAUCCAUUCCAGCUGACCUAUUGAAAAGGUCUAAUCUUCCUUUCUUUGUCAUCGUUCUGUGGCAUACUAUUACACCUUGUGGUCAGGUUGACGAAGACGAACUAGAGCCAGAAGGCAAUGACAAAGAAAAAGUUGCAACAAUCAAGAAGCCAAUCCAAAUGACAACAACUGCUGACUUGUCACCAAAUGGAUCCUUCUUUGUGAAAGUCCAGUGUCACCUGUUUCAAACUGGAAGGUACCGCAUCCGCACAAGGCUGGGGUGUCGUGAUGUCAGAGGUGGAGAAUGGGAACUUCCAUUGGGAGAAUCCAAUCGCUCCAUAUCCGUCCGGAUUCGCUCCAAGGACUAA